AUGACGCAUUCACCUUCUGGCGAGGCCUGAGAGACGCCGGGCUGCUGGAGGAAGUGGUGCAGGAAUUCAGUGUGGAAUUCAUGGAAGCCAUGAAGGGCCUGCAGCAAAGAAUCCAGGAACUCCCUUUGCAGCUGAACGAUGCCAUCCUGCUGAACAACACCGUCCAGAAUUUUGGCAUGCUGGACCUGGUGAAGAAAGUUUUGGCCAGCCACAAAUGCCAAAUGGACCGUUCCAGAAAGCAAUACACACGAGACCUAGCAGCUCUGGAGCAGCAGUGUGACGAGCACCGCAAGAGAGCCAAGGAGCUGAAGCACAAAUCCCAGCACCUCAACAACGUGCUCAUGAAUUUGACGCCUGUCUCCAUCCCCUCCCCUCUGAAACGGCCCAGGCUGACCCGGGCCACUUCAGGACCCCCAGCCAUCACCUCCCAAGUCCUGACUCAGUCGGCUCAGAUCGCCCUGGCUCCAGGAGUGCCCAUCACCCAGCUGGCCGGUCUGCCCAUCGGCAAAGUGCUCUCUGCCCUCCCGGCGUCCGCACUCGGAAAGGCCACCGCCCAGGUGACGUCGGCUGGCUCUCCCGCCUCCCCGCUGCUGGGCGGAUACACCAUCUUGACGUCGGCGGGUUCUGCCUUCCCCAACGCAGUGGAAAUCCACCCCGAAGCCUCCAACCUCACCGUCUUGAGCACCGCGGCCAUCCAGGACAGCAGUACGGUGGUCAAGGUGAUGAGCCCUUUCCAGCUGCUCACCCUGCCAGGGCUCGGCACGGCCAUCCAGAACGUGACACAGCUGUCUCCCGGGGGCAGCACCAUCCUGGCUUUGCCGUCCAGUGUGAUGGAAGGCACUUCGGCCACGGAAGAGCACACGACCAUUGAGGUAACCACCGUAGCGGACGAGACUCAGCAGAAAUGAAAUGUGGACGUUGGUCCUUUGGGGGGAGGGAGUGCUCCAGGCUUACGUGCCCAUCCCUCGGAUGAGAAGAUGGAGACGACGAAGAAGAAGAAGGAGAAGAAGAGAGUGCUGGGAAAAGAGAGAGGAAAACGGAUCGGCUGAUGGUGGAAUAGGGAGGUUGAAAUUUUUAAAAAGAGAAGAAAGAAGAAGAGGGAAGACGAAAUGAAGGGAGAAUAUCAUUGAUGGGGCAGGAAAAAGACCCCCUGUUGCUGGGAUCCAUUAAAAGCUAUAAUCUUUGCACCCCCCAGCUUGUAAGUACCCCCCCCCCCACAUCUCUAGCCAGCUCUGGGGAACCAAGGCAGCCAAGGCUGGGUUUCGAAGAAUAAAACAAUUAACUCAACCUCUGCAGGCCAAAGAAUUAGGCAAUGAGACAGGAUUAUUUUAAGCAUUUCCGGCCUGGCAGAAGUGAGGGUCCCAACAUAGGCAAUUGCCUGAAUUUUGGGCUAGGGAGUUGAUGGACUGUUUCUCUGCCAGGACGGAGGAAGAGGAGCGAGAGGGAGGAAAUCUGGCAUUUGGAUGUGGGUGAAAUGGAGAAUGGGCCAAAGGCGCAUGGGAAGGGGAAUAAGCGGCUUAAAAAUGGGGAUGUAGGAGGCUUGGAAGGGAGACAGGAGGACUUCCGUGGUGGGCAGAUCCAUUCCCAAUUUAAGAGCAUCAAUUCGCCGAGCUCCCUGCUUGCAUCUCAGCCUGAGGAGGAAGGUCUGGCCAAAUCUGCUGAAGGUGGACCCCCUUUGUUGGAUUUUUCUCCCCCUCCCCCCCCCAAGCGGUUAUGUCCUCCACGGCUACCGAGCCUUAUCCUCCCCAACCCCUGGUACAUCUGCACUUUAGGCUGCAAAACAAUGUUUUUGCCAAAAACAAGGGUGAAAAAUAGGAGCUCCCGAUUGUUCCGGUUGACUUGAGGGACUUGAUACUUGAUGUGAGAAGAAGAAUCCUCUGUCGGAAGCUACGAGGGCUCGGCUUCUCGCAGGGUGAGUUUGGGCCUAUCAAUAACGACGGGUUCUUGGAUAACAUUAAAAUUU